AUGUUGGUGCAAUCCUUGUCAGUUUCCUUGUUGCUGGCAGUUGUGACUCUUGCUUCACCUACGGGAAUUCUUGAGGAACGUGCUUCCAAGACUGCCACUGCUGUUGCUCCAGCUGGGACCAUUCUAGGAAAUGUCAAAAAUGGAGUGGAGUCAUUUGGAGGUAUUCCUUAUGCCAAACCUCCUCUUGGUCCCUUGAGGAUGAAGCCCCCAGUCCGUCGAACUGACUCCUUGGGUGUUUUUGAUGGCACUGGUCCUGCUGGAGCGUGUCCCCAAAUGGUCGCUUCGACUGACAGCAAGAACUUUUUGUUCGACACUUUGGGUUCACUCGCCAAUCUUCCAUUCGUUCAAAAUGUCACUGGGCAGUCGGAAGAUUGUUUGACAAUCACUGUUGCUCGUCCUGAGGGUACGAAGGCUGGUGCUAAGCUUCCUGUUUUGUACUGGAUUUUCGGCGGGGGUUUUGAGCUCGGAUGGUCGUCCAUGUAUGAUGGCACAGGUCUUAUCAACCAUGCCGCAUCAAUCAACCAGCCCUUCGUCUUCGUGGCCGUGCAAUACCGUGUGGCAGGCUAUGGGUUCAUGCCCGGCAAGGAAAUCCUAUCUGAAGGGUCCGGAAAUGCCGGGCUGUUAGAUCAGCGCAUGGGACUUGAGUGGGUUGCGGAUAACAUUGAUGCCUUUGGUGGUGACCCCGAUAAGGUGACGAUUUGGGGAGAAUCUGCUGGAGCAAUCUCAGUCCUCAACCAAAUGAUCUUAUAUGAUGGCGACAAUACAUACAAGGGAAAGCCGCUAUUCCGUGGAGCCAUUAUGAACUCUGGCAGUGUUGUGCCAACAGACCCCCUUGACUGUCCCAAGGGUCAAGCCGUCUUCGACAAGGUUGUGCAAACCGGAGGCUGUACCGGUGCUGCAGACAAAUUGGCUUGCCUACGUGCGCUGAGCUCGAACGACUUCUUGAAAGCUGUCACAUCAGUUCCCGGUAUUUUGUCUUAUAACUCACUUGCGCUGUCUUACCUACCGCGUCCAGAUGGCAAAGCGAUCAGCAAGUCGCCAGACGAGCUUAUACUGGGUGGAAAAUAUGCGCCAGUUCCAAUGAUCAUUGGAGACCAAGAGGACGAAGGGACUUUGUUUGGUCUUUUCCAACCCAACCUCACGACCACAAAAGAACUAGUUGACUAUCUGACCUCAUACUACUUCGCAGGUGCCACCAAGGCACAAAUCACCGAACUAGUAGGCACCUAUGGUAGCGGCAUCCCGGCCGUCAUCAACGGCAGUCCCUUCAACACCGGCCUCCUAAAUGAAAUAUUCCCUGGCUUCAAACGCAGAGCCGCCAUUUUAGGUGAUCUGGUAUUUACACUGAGCCGACGUGUGUUUUUAACAGGUACCAAUAUCCUACACCCAAAUGUCCCGUCAUGGUCGUACUUGUCGUCUUAUGACCAAGGGACACCAAUUCUGGGCACCUUGCACGGAUCCGAUAUCAUACAAGUCUUUUAUGGAAUCAAGGAUAACUAUGCCGCUAAUAGUAUUCGGACAUACUACACUAAUUUUGUUUACAAUCUGGACCCCAACGUUGGAUCGUCUGGAAAGUAUCCCAACUGGCCGCGCUGGUCUGAGGGUAAUAACCUUGCUCACUUCUUUGCGGGCAAGUCUACCCUUUUGAAGGAUAAUUUUAGACAGGCGUCGUUUGAGUGGAUUACGAACAAUAUUCAAGCGUUGCGAUUUUGA